AUGAUAACCUAUAGAUUAGCCUUAGCCAGUAUUAUUUUUUGUUUCAUCUAUACAAUUGUUACUCAUAUUCAUGAUUAUCACUUGAUGAUAUCAAAAAAAUUAAAAACAAAUUAUGUGCCCUUAAUGUAAACAUAUAUGAUGGAUCACACUAAUUAUAGCAAAUUCAAAUAAUCCUAUAAUGUAUUAAUAGUUUAAAUAUGAAAGGAAACAUCCCUUAAUAUGAUUGAAGAACCAGGUUAUUGCAUCGAAUCAGAUACCUUAGUAAUAAUUUGAGUUAAUCUAGAAAUUAUUACAUCCAGAUAUUUUACUUUAGGAUAAAUAUAUUUUGAGAGAAUUAGACAAAGGAAACUUAUAAAGGGAAAUAAUUAAGUCAAGAAUGUUUGAUUCUAUUCAAAACAUUUAACCUUUACAAAGUAUCAUAAUUGUAAACUUUAUUAAGAACCCACCACAAAAUUUUAACAUAAAAUUCCUCCUUAAUUAUCAUAUUUUUAUACUUAUAAACCAAGAUUAUAAGAUAAUUAUCAUCUUGGUUAAGGUUUAGGAUGUAUGUUUUAAAAAUUAAAUCAUAUACCUGGACUAUAUACUUUAACAAGCAAAAACAGUUUAAUAUAUAAUUAUGCCAAAUACAUUUAUGAUAUGAAAAAACGCAAUGCUAGUUCAUAAUGUAUAGGAAAUGCGUCUUAUGUUCCAGAUACAUUAAGAUUAAAUGUUAAAUCUGAAUGUUAAUCUUUUUUUAAAUACUUGAAUAAACUCUAAGAUGAAUAUUAGUAGAAAACAAGAGUUUACAAUGGUCCAGAUUAUUUGCUUAAAACUGAUGAACAUAGAGGAGAAGGGAUAAGAUUAUUAUUUUAAAAACAAAUAGAAAAUAUUACUGAAGUGUAUUAAAAUGGUGAGUUAUGUGGAAAUGUAAGUGAAAAAAUUGUAGCUUAAAAAUAUAUCAAUUAACCAUUUUUAUAUAAAGGACAUAAAAUUGAAUUUAGAAUGUACAUAUAUUUAGCAAGCAGUAAGCCUUUAUAAUUAUAUAUGUAUAAAAGAGCUUUAAUUAAAAGAUGUGCAAAUGAAUAUAAUCCAUUAUCAGAAUCAAUACCUGCUCAUAUAUGUAAUACUGCAAUAACAGAGAAAAGUCAUAAGAAUUAAAGUAAUGGUGCAGAAAAUUAAGAAGAAGAUGAAGAAAUGUUUAUUGAUUGGAAUUUAGAAGGAAUUGAAGAAUUAUUAAAAGAAUAAGGUAGAAUACCUAAGAAUUAAAAUUGGCUUUAAGAAUAUCUUUAUCCAAGAAUUUAUGUUAAAAUAAUUCAUACAAUAAGAAGUGGAUAAUACGCAUUUUAUUAAGAUUCUAGAUUUUGUGAAUUUUUGGCAAUUGAUUUUCUACUUGAUAAUGAUUUAGAUAUAUGGCUAUUGGAAAUCAAUUAUAACCCUUAAAUAUUAAGUGUAACACCUGAUAGGAUUAAAAGAAACUAUAAAAUGAUUGAAGAUACAAUGGAAAUUGCAUUUGCAUAUUUGAAAUCUAAAUAUAAAAGGAUUAAAAAAUUUUUAGAGGAAGAGUUAAUGAACUAUUAAUACACUGGAAUUAGAAUCAGACAAGUCGAUUUUAGAAAUCAAUUUGGAAAACAAUUUAAUUAAUUAUUAGAUGAUACAUAGAUUGAUUAAGAAUUCAGUUUAUCGAAAGAUAACCUAUAUUCGCACAUUAUAGAUGAAAGCAAAUAAGGGAGUGAAAAAUACUUUAAUUUGAUAGAUCCUGAAUGUAUUUGAAAUAAUUCUUGCCAAUUUGAGUUUAAUAA